AUGCUCGCCACCUUCAACCAGCUCUUCCAGUACCCCAUCCGCCUGCCCCGCAAGCCCUGCGGUGGGGUGCACCUCGCCCCGGGCAUUCGCAGCUACGGCCCACGCCAUCGGCACCUGCACCGCUUUGAUGCCUUCUGCUUCUCCUCCGCGCUCAGAGGAGAAGUUUUCUACCUGGACCACCCGGCUGGGAUGACGCUGGAGGAGGGACCGGCAUCCCCUGGCUGUGCUUCUGCCAAGCUGCCCUGCCCAAGGCACCAAGCGGACCUUGAAGAGGCUGAACCCUGUGGCCCGCUGCCUCCCCAUCCCCCCAGAGCAGGCAGGCGCUGCCUGCACACCCCGGGCAUGGACCACCACCUGCCACAGCCCAUCCGUCCCGAGCAGUUCAUGCCCGCGAUGCUCCUGCUACUUGCGUGCUCAGCACCACCAGUGCCCAGGGACUGCGGCCAGUCCCCCCUGUGGAACGUGGGACAAGGGAUGGCUCUUCUCCCUGGGCACUGUGUCUUCAUCGGGGCUUUGGCACUGGGCAUCACGGGGUCCCACCAGCCCCAACAGGGCACCCUGCUCCCUGCUGCUCACCCCUCCAAGCUGGGGGCAACGCUGGCAGCUGGCACAUCACAGAAGAGGGGCUCCCACCACCCCUUCUACAACGGCUUCUACUACAACCACAUCAUGAACGACAAGGGCAACGGGCAGGAGAAAGUGGCUCACUUCAACGGGGCCAGGCUGGUGGUGGAGACCCCCAAAGACCCCAUCUACAGCUUCAGCGGCGCCAAUGUCACCCUGCCCUGCCACUACAGCUAUGAGCCCGACAUGGAAUCCAAGCGCAAGAUCCGUAUCAAGUGGUCCAAGCUGCGGGAUGACUACACCAAGGAGCAGGACGUGCUGGUGGCCAUUGGCAAGACCUACAUGGCCUUUGGGAAGUUCCAGGGCCGUGCUUACCUCCACCAGACUGGCCGGCGCGAGGCCUCGCUGGUUGUCAGCGACGUGCGCUUGCAGGACGAUGGCAAAUACCGCUGUGAGGUCAUCGAUGGGCUGGAGGAUGAGAGCAACGUGGUGGACCUCCGGCUACAAGGUGUGCUGUGGCCGCAUCAGCCCCGUCCCUGCACGCCUGACCAUGGCUUGGUCCCUGUCCCACAGCUGGAUUUGGGAUGGGUUGGGGACCCCUCCAGCUCCUGCUGGGGCCGGACUCGGGGCGGGCACGAAGAUAAUUGGAACCGGACGGUUAGUAAAAAUGCUGAGAUCUAA